AUGUAUGUCAUCAACGCCUUCCUUGCCACAAUGAUGGCAACCGCUGCCGUGGCCAAACCUCACAACCUCCACGCCGAUUUCCACAAACGCGCAACCCCCGCCUCUACCAGCAAAAUCGGCGCUGCUUACAAUGACGUCUCUCUCGUCUCGCUCAUUUCGGGAGCCUCGUGGGCCUACAACUGGAACGACGACUCUGGCGGAUCCGUGCCGACUGGCGUCGACUACUGCCCCAUGCUCUGGGGUUCCAAAAUGUACGACAGUUGGACUUCUUCAGUCAACAAGGCUCUUUCAUCCGGAAGUACCUGUGUCCUGGGAUUCAAUGAACCGGACAUGACGAGUCAAUCCAACAUGAGCCCCCAACAAGCCGCCGCCGAUUACCAGACCUACAUCACCCCGUUGGCCGGCAAGGCUACUCUAGUCUCACCCGCUGUCACCAACAGUGGCGACGCAAACAUGGGACUCAACUGGAUGAGAAGCUGGCUCCAAGCCUGCAACGGUGCCUGCAAGCCCAAUGUCAUGGCUGUUCAUUACUACGCCAAUGCCGACGUCUCGUAUUUCUACGAUUUUAUCAACAACGCCACCGCUCUUGCGAGCGAGAACGGUAUGGAAAGUGUCUGGAUUACGGAGUUUCAAAACACUGGAAGUACAGCCGAACAAGUCACGUUUAUUAAAGAGGCUCUUCCCUGGCUCGAUAGUAAUACCGGCGUCGGUCGAUAUGCUUAUUUCUUCACUGCUGAUGGGUACUUGUUGACGGACGGCACAUUGAGUACUGUCGGUCAGGCCGGCUGGAACCCGCUCAUCGAUCUUUUGAAGUCUAUAUACCCGUUACACGUGGCAUGA